AUGACGCGGUCGUUGGAUGUAUUUCGCCUCCACAUGCCAACGCUGAUGUGGACGAGGGUGGAGACCUCUCUACCGAAGGCACCACUGCUGUACGCGGUCCCGCAGCACCCUUUAACUGUCACUGCCGCUCUGCACAACCCGCGGUGCGGCGUCAGCAGAGGUGUGCAGACCAGCAGCGGUGCGGCUACACCGCAAGUAGACCCGUGGGACGACCGGUGGGCGUGUGGGGCGAAACCCGGCCGGUUGGGCGUAACGCACCGUGGACAAGAACAGCGGCAGCAAAUAAACUCCGAGGAACCUCCGCAGGAACCUUAUGAGAGAGAGUUACUGAAGCUCAAUGCGCUGACGGCGGAGUGGAGCAAAACAGUCACCAACUUGGAUGCCAAUGAUGCAAAGAGUUUCAUUGAUGCCGCUAAUGUCACCCGGAGCGAAGACGUGCUUCUCUUCGGUGCAAGCCAGGAUGAGUAG